AUGUCAACCCAUAUGCAGAUACAAAUUCAAGUUAUACAAGUCGUCUUUCUGUUGGUUCGUGCGUCGUGCAAUGAUGUAUUGCGUCCAGCAGCAAUUAUACCGUGGUCCCAGUACCAACAACGAUUUAAACAACCAAAAUUGAUUACUGAGCCCCAUCACUCGCAGGUAGUAGAGAAAUGGCCGAGCUUCAGGCAAUUGUCUGAAGCGACGUCGAGAACUAGAUGGUUGCCAAUGGGGAAAUCCGAUGCGAAACCAUUGAAAAUGGAUUUAAAAGAAACAAACACUCGUCAAAAGCCUGUCAUCAGAGCUCAGCUACGGAAUCGCUCUUUGCAACAUCUAACGAAUUCAAGAAGCAAUCUUCUCGGUGGCAAACAGCUGAAGGGAAGCAAAGAGUUCAGUUUUCCGAAGGACGUACACAGCAGUUCACUUUCAAGUCAUCUGUCCACUAAACCACACGUUACUCAUUCAAUCACCAUCCCAAAUGGUGUACCAGUCCAUGCCGGUACAUGGGAGGACGGAAAGCCGCACUACCACCUUCAGAAGCGGCCACAACAGUUUGCAGCAGCAACGUUUGGAGCAGCCAAUCCGUUGAAUUCAUUAACUCAAAAUCAUCUCGCAUCCACAUCGGCUCUCAAUGGUGGUACCGGAGAAAAUAUUGUGAACGCAAUCUUCGCACAGAGCAAAGCCGCCUCCCUAAAUCCGAGUGUGCCAAUCCAAGUCGCCCAGACUGCUGUCCAAGGAGCUCCAGCAUCAAAUCCUUUGGAGUCUCUUCUAUCAAAUGGAGCUUCGUUGGACCAACUUUCGAAUUUGGCUAACAAAAUUUUGAAUUUUGGUGGAGGAGAUGGGCCAAAAGGUGGAUUAAUAGAAGCUAUGACAAAUGCUUUACGAGGAGCUCAUGUACCAACACUAAACACUGCGUUCCAAGACGAUUUAGGCUUUGGAAGAACAAAACCACAACAAACAAUAGUAGAAAAACUGCUUGCUCAAGCAGCGUCCGCUUUCAACCAAUCACUUAAGGAGAAAGAGAAUAAAGAAAGACAAUUUCGAAUAAGUAAAAGCCGUGAGGAUUCUUUGAAGUUACUCGACAAGCUGCCCAAGGAUGAGAGGGAACUUUUGAGAGCAGCUAUUACAUCUGGCGAGCUGGACGCAGACACAUUAGGCCCAGCCCUUAAAUCACUUGUCAAAGAUGAUACGGUAGAAGAAUCGAAGAAAGAAAAAGAAAACCGACUGACUGAAUGGAUUCGUGAGAAUCGACCAACGAAAAAACACAAAGAAAUAGCUGUUUCGGCAGAUAAACUGCCGUAUUACGGAAAGUACUGUGGAAGUUUCGCUGAGCAGAUCAACACAAAAAUGAAGUUUAAGCCAUCAGGUGCUUUGUGGGUGGUGGAUGACAGAAGAUUUAUUGUUUCGAAAUUUUUCUUCCAACCUGGAUCACUUCUAUCAGAAAAUGUGACGUUCUGGCUUGGACCGCUCAAUCAAACGGAAAAUAUCCUAGCCGACAUGUUUCCAUCGCAGAACGGUUUCUAUGUUCAACCACAGCCAAUCGACGUCUCUAUCUUCGCACUUGACGAGUUACCUCCAAUGAAAGCAAGAGCUAGAAAAGUUGUCAACGUUCUGACGACUAGCUCAAAAAUAGCCGAAUUAGGAAAGGAAUCGGUUAAAGUUAAUGAUGCAUUGCGGGUGAAGAAAGAAGGCUAUAAUAUGGCGAAACAUAUAGGACUUUCAGUGUCAUUGUUGGAAAUGAAUAAAACAACGAAAAAUGGUCGUGGUGGUCGAAAACAGGUGGAAUUAGUGGUGAAGUAUGCGCAACCACUUGAAUGGUUCGCAGGCUUUCAACCUCUUCUACUUACUCUUCCCGACGGAAAAUCGACAAAAUCCGUUCAUUGGGUGUCGCUGAGAGACCACAAGCGUCGAGAAACGGUGGCUUCGGUUCUGCUUCCAAAUGGACCCGCAUUUCAAAUACCAAGGGUGGUUACUCUUCGUGGGCUUUCUCCGAAUGGAGUGUACAAUAUUAGUUCAGGUCCAAUCCGGGUAAUUGAUAUCAAAACAAUGGAAAUCAACAAUUUCUCGCUGAGAAGUGGCAAUAACGUGGUUUGGUUUAUGAUCGGAAAAGAUAUAUUGCCCAAUGCGAACGGUCAUAUAGUCCCCCUUUAUGACUCGAGAUUCAAAUUUUUCGAUUGUGAGUCAUUGCGUGACUACUAUAAUGAAACAGUGCACUUAAGACUACCAGGAAAUCUUGACAUAAAAGAUGUCUUCUGGUUUUCAGUGUUUUCCAUUGCGGAAUCAGUUUCGUAUUCACAUAUUUACUUGCCAUACAACGAUAUGCAACUGCCACCAGAUCUGAACGGCCUACCGGUGACGUACACAUUUGUUUGA